UAACACGGGCACGGCGCUGACCUCGCUCUGCUUCCACGUCUCCCGGCCCUGGAUGGCGGGUGGAGCGCGCGGACCAUGCUGGGCAGGACGCUCCGCGAAGUUUCUGCAGGGCUGAAGCAAGGCCACAUUACUCCAACUGAGCUCUGUCAAAAAUGCCUCUCUCUGAUCAAGAAGACCAAGUUCCUAAAUGCUUACAUAACUGUGACAGAAGAGGUGGCCCUCAAGCAAGCUGAAGAAUCUGACAAGAGAUAUGCGAAAGGUCAGUCACUUGGGGAUUUAGACGGGAUUCCCGUUGCUGUAAAAGACAACUUCAGCACAUCUGGUAUUGAGACAACAUGUGCAUCAAACAUGCUAAGAGGUUAUGUGCCACCCUAUAACGCGACUGUCGUUCAGAAGUUGUUGGAUCAGGGAGCUCUGCUGAUGGGAAAAACAAAUUUAGAUGAGUUUGCUAUGGGAUCGGGAAGUACAGAUGGUGUAUUUGGACCAGUUAAAAACCCUUGGAGUUAUUCAAAGCAAUAUAGAGAAAAGAGGAAGCAGAAACCACAGGGUGAAAAUGAAGAUUCUGAUUGGCUAAUAACUGGAGGAAGCUCAGGCGGUAGUGCGGCUGCCGUAUCGGCAUUCACGUGCUUUGCGGCUUUAGGCUCCGAUACAGGAGGAUCAACCCGGAACCCGGCUGCCCACUGUGGGCUGAUCGGUUUAAAGCCAAGCUAUGGAUUGGUCUCCCGACAUGGGCUCAUCCCUCUGGUGAACUCAAUGGAUGUGCCAGGGAUCCUAACCAGAAGUGUGGACGAUGCAGCGAUUGUGUUGGCUGCCCUGGCUGGGCAUGAUCCCAAAGAUUCUACUACAAUACAAGACCCUGUGAAACCAUGGAUGCUACCGAGCUUGAACGAUGUGAGCAAACUAUGUAUAGGAAUUCCAAAGGAGUAUCUUGUGCCAGAAUUAUCAGGGGAAGUGCAAUCUCUUUGGACCAAAGCUGCUGACCUCUUUGAAUCUGAGGGGGCUAAAGUCAUUGAAGUAUCCCUGCCUCACACCAACUAUUCAAUUGUUUGCUACCAUGUUUUGUGCACAGCAGAAGUGGCAUCGAAUAUGGCAAGAUUUGAUGGACUAGAAUAUGGUCACCGAGGUGACAUGGAUCUGUCUACUGAAGCUCUGUAUGCCACCACCAGGCGAGAAGGGUUCAAUGAUGUGGUGAGGGGGAGGAUUCUCUCAGGAACCUUUUUCUUACUGAAAGAAAACUAUGAAAAUUACUUCCUCAAAGCACAGAAAGUGAGACGACUCAUUGUGAACGAUUUUGCGAAUGUGUUUAAUUCUGGAGUUGAUGUCUUGCUAACUCCCACGACUCUGUGUGAGGCAAUGCCAUCCUUGGAGUUCAUCAAAGAAGACAACAGAACCCGAAGUGCUCAAGACGAUGUUUUCACACAAGCAGCGAAUAUGGCAGGAUUGCCAGCCAUCAGCGUGCCUGUGGGCCUCUCAAGCAAAGGGUUGCCCAUUGGACUGCAACUUAUUGGACGUGCAUUUUGUGACCAGCAGCUUCUUACAAUUGCCAAGUGGUUUGAAAAACAAGUCCAGUUUCCUAUUAUUCAAUUUCAAGAACCCAUGGGUGACUGUUCAGAAAUCUUGGGAAAUGAAAAGUUAGCUUCUGUUUCUCUAAAGCAGUAAUAAUAAAAACACCGUGCAUAUUGAAGCAGCAGAGAUUUUAUACUCGGGAUCUUAUACUUAUGAUCUUAGAAACUCUUGUAAUUGUGCCCAUUGUCAACUUAGUCAUUUCUUGCUGUCACUUUGUUAAAUUCCUCUUAUACAAAUGAAAAUUAUAAAUAAACUGUCCACACUUA